UAAAGCCCUAACAAAAUUCUCAGAUUUCACCGAUCCACUUCUCGAAGAAACUCGAAUCUCGUUUCGUGAAUUCAUUUUGAGUGAGAGAAAUUAGAGAUAUUGUAAAUUCGUCUUUGAUGGGUGGUCUAGCUAUGGAGGAAAUGCCUUUAUCGGCGUUGUUCGAGCAAGCAAGGAAAAUUCAUCUCGCGGCUUCAGAGUCUCGUGCCGAUCAGGAUGUUGUGAAGAAAGGAUGUGAGAUUUUACAAAAGUGCGAAGACAUGGUCGGGAAGCUGGGUUUGUUCUCGUCUAACGAGACUAAAGAAGAUAUCAGCACGAACAAUCUCAAGUAUCUUUUGGUGCCUUACUAUCUUGCGGAGUUGACGGAGAAAAUCAUACAGGACGACCGGAUUCCGAUCGUCAAGGCUUCGCAUGCAAAGUUGAAGGAGUUCUUUUCAUUCUGUGAGGCAAUGGAACUUGUUCCGGAAGAAGAGUUGGAAGCUUCUUCACGAGGAGGUUCUGCUCCACCUGCAGAUCGAAGAGCUCUGAAGAUAGCUCGGUUCAAACGUCAAAAAGCUGCAGAGUCGAAGCUCCUUGAAAUUAAAGAGAGGAAGGAGCGACGUGGACGUUCAACUAAAGCAGCUGCCUUGUCCACUCCGGUUGAAUCGGGAGAAGAAGAUAUUCCAGAUGAUGACAGUGAAGAAGAGAGAGAGGCGUGGCUGUCCACAAUUAACUUGGCCGUUUGUAAGGCUAUUGAUCUGAUGGAAAUGCUAAAGAGAGAAGAAGAAAUGCUCUCUGCUAUAAAGGAAAAACAGUUGAAGGAUGGAGAGGAUGGGUUUUCUCGAGAUGCGCUUGAUGAUCGCACAAAGAAAGCCGAAACCUGGCACAGAGAUGCAGCUGCAAGGGUACAGUACUCUAGACCAGCACAACCAAUCACUUGUGCCACAUUUGCACAAGAUGUGUUAGAAGGAAGAGCUUCAGUAUCACAGGGUCACGAACACAAGCACCAACCUCUUAUAUUCGGUCCAGCAAGCAUCGUGGGUGGAGCUCUCUCUACAGAGAGAGAGAGGAUGAUAGCUCAAGUUUUCCAACCAAGUCACAGAAUGCCAACAAUGAGCAUAGAGGAUGCUGGGUUAACAGAGAUGACGAUUAUGAAUGAUUGGCAAGAGCAGACGAAGAAAGCCAUUGAAGAAGCAAGCACCUCAUGGUACAGUGAUAAACCAUUGAGAAGAAAAGAAGAGGACGAUGAAGAGGAUGACGAAGACGAGGAAGCUGUGAUGAAAGCCAGGGCUUUCGAUGAUUGGAAAGACGAUAAUCCUCGUGGUGCUGGUAACAAGAAACUCACACCUUGUGGCUGAGAUUGAAACUUACACACACAUAGUUAACACUCUCUCUCCCUCUUUGUUUUUAUUUCCAAACUCUCAUCUUUCACUGUCUGUAAUUUAAUCAUUUUUCUACUGUAAGACAUAGACUGUUACAUCAUAAGAUUAACUAAUGGAAUUAUUUUCAUUCUCGUA